AUGUUACUCCUGAAUAAUUUCUGCUUUGCACUUCUCCUGCACUUUGGCUUUUUCUUCGGCACCGUGCUGAGCGAUAGGUGGUACUACGACGAUGACUGCGACGGCCGCUAUAUCGCCUUCGACGCCAACGACUACAGAAAGUGCUACACCAUUCCCAAAAACGGUGGCUACGCCAAAAGCAUUCAAUCUGAUUCUUCGGGACUCCCCGAACAGUGGGUAGCUUAUCGCCGGAGGCAAGGCGGAGCGCAGUGUGGGUAUAGCGUUUGCUCAUUCAACAAUCUCAACUCUCGUUGCUGCACCGCGAGAAGCAAGAGCAUCACAGGCUUGGAGAAAUUCCGAAUCGAUUCUCUCAUGUCGAAGCAUCAAGACACCCAGGUCACCCAAGCUGAGGAUUCAUGGGAGGAUAUCUUCAGGGUAGGGAGGUCUCGAGAGCAAAUCUCGCAGGCAGUUGCCGCCCGUCAGGCUCGCGGCGGUGCAGGGACGCAAGAUGAAGGCGGGGCCUGCGAACAAAUCUCAUGGGCCAAUGCGGAAAUCUUCAUUGACCUUCCUGAUGGAACGCACCACGGGCUUGGUCGGGGAACCCCCAAUGUAACGGAGGGAGAGCUUCAGAGACAGCUCAAGGCCGCUGGAAAACCAGAGUUGUCGGAGGAGAAGAUUGCCCAACUGCGAGAGGACAAGAUAGUUGUUGGAGAGGCAAACGGGCCUGUCGGAUCAAGUGAGUCUCAGUAG